UCUUCCGUACAACCAGACGUAUAGUUAUGGUGCAAGGUAUACUCGCUUUUAAAGUCGUUUCAAUUGACCUGAAAUAUAGGUGUAGAGAUACGAAUACGCUAUAAUACACCGACCACAACGAUACCGAUGAAGGAGGAGCCUCAUAGAUCAGAUAUCGGAUAUAUCGAAUCAAAAGUCUCUUAGUAGCCUGCCAACAAUCGUUUUCCCCUACACUGCACUGUUGUAGGUAUACAAAACUCGUUCACUAUUCACCAUAUUCACUGAUCACUAUUCACUAUUUACUAUUCACUGUUUUAAGUUGACCGUCGUUGUCCUCGGGUAUAUCCGGGAACCAGGAUCCCUGUGAUCCGUGAUCCAUGAUCCGAAGAUAUAGAAAAUCGAAGAUCAAAGAUGUCCAGCGAUCUGGGGACCGUUGAAGCUUAUCAGCUUCCAUCGAGUUCUCCAUAUUAUGUCUAAUCCGAUCUCUCGGCUUUCGGUUUAGCAUAUCUCUCAACCCUAGCGUAAAAACUUCUGAAAGUUGUUUUUUUCACGCACGUUAUAAAGUCGAACUUUUUAGAUUAUGGGAUAAAAACGCCAUGUUUACGACCAACCUUGAACAUUCUCAUCCAAGGACCCGUGAUAAAUUCUUAUAUGUUCUACAUGUAUAGCGUCCCACUGCAUUGCAUUCAAUAUUAUUACUUACAAUUAGCGAGAAACACCUUAUGCUCAAAUUUUUUGUUCUCUAAUUUACAAUAUGGAAACUGCAGUGUCCUAAUAUGAAAUGGGAUCAUCAGAAUAUGUAUUUAUAUAUAAAAGGAAAAAUGAAAUAACAGAUAAUCAAUAUCAUAGUCAAGCUCGGCCACGUACAUAUCAUGACACGUGCAUAGAAUUUUCUAUGAGUAUAGGUGUUGAUCCUCUUGAGUUAAGGGAAGGGGAGAAUUGACUUUAUUUCCAUAAUUAGAUCAGUCAUGGCCGCAAUAAACCCUCCUAUGUAAUUAUGGCUGUAGGUCGAAUCCUAUGAUUAUUUCAGUAGAUAUAAAUUUGUUGAAACGAUUGAAAAGAUAUUUUGAUUCUAGUUUGAAAUAUUGCAAAAAUAUUGUGUAAUUUCAGUUAUCGCUAAUUUUCUGUUUUAAAAAUGCGUUCGAAUUAGAGUGUUAUCGAAUUUUCAACUUUCAUUUGCUUCAUGAUUAAGGGAAAGUGUUAAAGUAGGCAUAAGAAAACGAAGGAAAAAAAAAAGAAAAGAAAUCAUGAUCGUCGUGUAGCGAGAGAGAAUAUAAUAACAAAACGCCACGUGCGGAAUAUCCCGCAGAAUUUAUAGUGGAAGGAUUUCAAGAGCGCCGGGUUUUUGGUAGGGCAGCUGCUGCGGUUGUUCCAUGCCGUUCAUCUACCUCCGACGUAAUUUAUUCGCUCCUUCGCUCUUUUGUCAACUGGUGUAUAGAUGGUGCGGACUUCUUUUUCAUGGCGAAAUACGAAUUCGAUACGUUUUACUAGAUAAUAAAUAUCAGCUGAUCGAUGUCAACCCGAAGAGUCCUUUCGCGGCCUAUAUUAGGUAUGUAUCGAUAAUGGACAUCGCUGAUGUUGAUCUUGGACGAGUGUAGGGGUGCAAAUCAGGUGAAUCGGAGAAACUGGGCAGAAGGGCAGGAGUGAGUCGGUAGCUACAGCAGCGGGAGUCGGCGGAUGAGGGCUGCGUAAAGAAACUGGAAGUCCCUGAACUUGACUGACUCUUCCUUAACAGGCGUAUACCCUAGCUAUACAUACGUCGCGCGCGGUUUUACCGAACGCUUUGGAGCUCGGUUGCAGUGGUAUGUCUUGUACUCAGCACCCUAUACCUGGCUAGUUCAAGGACGAAUGCGACAGCAUCCAAGCGCCCAACCACUUGUCUCUACAUGGAUAUACGGUGUGUUUGUAAUAACGAAUGUAUGCCACGAAUUACCAAUGAAAAUUGUAGGUAAGUAGGUAUCAAGGUUACAAAUUUAAUUCCCUGGUUGAAAAAUUCUUUAUGCGUACGUAUAACAUAACAAAUGUAGCCUGCAUCGUGCACUAAAAGUAAACCGUCCGCAGUUCUGACUGUCGCACUAGCAAUAAGUUGUCUUAAUUUUCAAACUUAUAAAUUCUCCGUUUUUAUGUAUCACAAUACAUAUUAGAACGAGGGAAACGGAAGCUAUAAAUGAGGAGAACGCAACGGUGACAAAAGAAGUACCACAAUCACUGCGGCAGGUAUGAGGUGCAUAACUCACCAUCUGAAUGUAGUUGAAGAUGCAGCAGGAUAGAUGAGUUCUCAAAUAUAAAUUCGAAGGAGAUUGCAGGUCGAGUAGUCUACCCGUAGUCUUUGAUCUUUUGCUGACAUCAAUAUUCUGCGAAGUGUUAAUUUGACGCGUUGCAUAUAUAGGUGUACGUAUAGACACGUGAUAUACUGUAACAUGCAGUUAAGGUGUAAAACUUUUUUUUACGUAGUUACUUAGUGUGUAUGUUCGUAUGUUACACAUCUAUAGAUCAGUAUACUGCACUGUGCCGAGUAUAAUCUGAUACAAUAAUUCAACUAUUAUAAGAUCGCAUUCAAGUGUCAGGUAGUGAUUUUGCCUCGCUAUUCAAGUGCAUCAGCUACGCCCGCUUAAAGAUCGGAGACUAUAAAGACCAUUCGAGUUUUAGAUCCGUCGAGCCGCUCACUCUUCGAUCAAUUGAUCCAAAGGGUGGGGCGAAGGGGAUGAGAGAGACGCUCGCAUGUCCGUUCAUCCUAUCACGUUGUAGUGCAUCUUGCCGGUACAAAAAUGAAGGGACUUUUCUCAAACCUUUCUUCCCUACAAGGAGAGCAAAUAGCCUAAUCAUAAACUACAUUUUUGUCCUAUAUUCUAUACGGGGAUGUUACAGAAAGUCAAUGUUGGUCGGAUGGUGUUCGAUGACAGUUACAAGGUACACAUUGUGAUGUUUUUUUUGUCCUUGACUAUGUGGGGUUGAUAUACACAAAACAACGAUCGUUGAACAUGCUUCGAGAAUUAGGGAGAAGGUCAUCCAAGUGUGCCGCCUGGGUACUCGACCGUGACGCUGUCAGUCGGGCUCGAAAUACGUAAAAAAUUAAGAAAUUAUACAUAUCUGCCGGAAACCUGGUAAAAUAUCAAAAAUUACAUUUAUUGAAAACCUGAGUGUUCAUCGAGUCUGCGGCAACACAAUUUAUCUUCAAUAUUGGCCCUGUAAGAAACAUUAGAAGCCCGACGUGCAGAUUGCGCACCUGCAAGUUGCACACAGCUAAGGAAUCAGGCGGCACCACAACACGCCCGGCUAUAUUACUCAUCAUCUUCAUCAUCUCUUCUACCGCACCUUCCACAUCACUUCUUCGGACAAGCUUUAUUUGAUUCGAAGUCGUCGUUACAAGUUACACGUCGGUAAAACGUACGGCGCCUCCCUGGCUGACGUUGGCGUUUAAAAAUUGCAGUGCGGUGUCCGUCAACGGUUCGCAACGGGCGUUAUAUUAUACCGUGUGGUAAAGUGUCGGUUAAUAGUUUUAUCGUCGUCGUAGCUGCUGAGAGAAUUAAUUAAUCGAAAAAAAUUGAACGCUCAUCAUUUCUCAUGGCUCUGAAAGAAAGUUGCUGGAGCACCUGGUGCUUUUUGUGGGUGACCUUUUUCAUCAUUCUAACGCUGGUCGUUAGAACGUUGAUCAAACUUUGCGCCCGAACAAAAAAUAAAUCGGCGAUCCGGCUCAAUUUGAAUUUCAACAGAUGCAUCAGCAAAGACAGCGGUUUUAGCGGCGACGAAGAUUCCGGAGUAAUGAAAUACUGCGGCGACGAAUAUCGCGGUAAAAUCAAUAAAAUUGAUCUCGUGCGUCGUGGUUCGAUCACUGGAAGGGCGCAGAUGAAGACAAAAAGGACGAAGGAUCGGGGCCACAGCACGAGCGAAAAAAAAAUUCUAAACGGUCCACUUGGAUUGCCGAUUUUUGGAUCCUUACACCUUUUAGGAGGGAGCGGCGGACCCUUUUACGCGUUUACCAUGUUGAGCAGAAAAUAUGGUGAAAUUUAUGCCAUCAAACUUGGUUCUUCCAAGUGCAUUGUUGUCAGCAGUUAUCGGCUGGUCAAAGAAGUCCUCGUAACCAAAGGACAACAUUUUGGCGGGAGACCCAACUUUCUAAGGUUUCACGAACUUUUUGGGGGUGAUCGUAACAACUCGCUGGCUUUAUGCGACUGGUCCGAAUUGCAACGCACUCGAAGGUCACUGGCUCGAAGUUAUUGUUCACCACGUAACGGAAGUUCGCAGCAAUGUGAUUUGGCCAAGGUCGCAUCCGUAGAGGCGAACCGUCUCCUGAAGGUUCUAGACGCUGAAGAUUCGCUGCCGGUUCGACGCGGAGAUGCUCCUUUAAAACCCCUAAUCCUUGCGGCGGUUGCGAACAUGUUCACACAUUACAUGUGUUCAUCGCCAUUCAGCUACGAAGAUUCUGAAUUUCGCCGAACCGUUAGGAUAUUCGAUGAGAUAUUCUGGGAGAUAAAUCAGGGGUACGCUAUCGACUUUUUACCGUGGUUGAGUCCAUUAUACGCGGGUCACAUGCGACGGUUGAGAACCUGGGCAACGGAAAUUCGUUCUUUCAUCCUGAAAAGAAUAAUUAACGGGCGUAGGUCGAGUCUAGAUCUGGUAAAUGGGAUCCCCAGGGAUUUUACGGACGCGCUUCUCCUUCACCUGGAAUCUCCGGAGACAGAAGUUUCGUGGGACCACAUAAUGUUCGAACUCGAGGACUUCCUCGGCGGUCAUUCCGCUAUCGGUAAUUUGGUCAUGUUGGUCCUUGCCCACGUCGCGAAAUGCCCAGAAAUCCAGGUGGGAAUUCACGCCGAAUGCGACGCUGUUAAAAACCGUAAAAAAUGUCAAAUCGCCGGACUCACCGACAGACCGGAAAUGCCAUACACAGAAGCUGUUAUUUGGGAAACGCUUAGAGUUUCUAGCUCCCCUAUCGUACCUCAUGUUGCUUCGAAAGAUACGGACGUCGAUGGUUAUCCGGUAGAAAAAGGUACGGUUGUCUUUGUAAAUAAUUACGAACUUAAUUUAGGCGAUAGCUACUGGGGAAUCAGAGCUAGAGAUUUUUGUCCUGCAAGAUUUUUAACUGAAUCAAAAGAGGUGAAAGGGAAGUUCACAAUAUCGAAACCAGCGCAUUUCAUGCCAUUUUCUACAGGAAAAAGAACCUGCAUUGGGCAGAGACUCGUUCAGGGAUUUACUUUUGCCACUGUUGCUGCCAUUUUUUCUCAAUAUCAGGUUUUAGCAGCCGAUAACGGGCCCGAUUUAACGGAGCGAUUGGUUCCAGGAUGCAUCGCUGUCCCACCUGACACAUUUCACCUUGCUUUGGUACCCCGUGUUGAAAAUGAUCAGGUUGUUAUCUAGUCAGUUAUUGUUGAAUUUUACGUAGACUCAUGUUAGGUAUGUAUCAUGUAUCAAUACAUGCGAGUGAAAUUUGUCCCUUACAAACGCAAGGGUAUGCAACUAUUCAGCGGUCCAUUUUGUACUUCAUGUUAGACUAGUAUAUUCGAAGUAACCAUGAUUUCUCGAUAACCACAGUAUCGCAGUCAUAUAUCCACAGAUAGAUUUAUUUGUCGGAAAAUCGUAAGACUGAAUUUUAAUCCGUAUCAUAUAAUAGCAAAAAUGUUUUGUCUGAUAAAUUGUGCUUGGUAAUCAUUGUAUUAGAUGUAUAGGUUUUAAUUAGUUUUGCAGAAAUCUCCGCCGUGUCGCGAUGUUUGCUUAAUCCGGAUCGUAAAGUCUUUAUUAAUUGUAACUAAUUGAAAAUUUGUCUGGAUAAUUUUUUUACCUCUUCAUAUUUUAACUUUUCCUCUACAUAUGUAUGUUAAAUUUUCUGUUAUCGAAUUUUGUUCUUCAUGCAUAUCAUGGUAUCUUUGACAUGUUGAUCAACAUAUUAUUAUUGUAAUCUUUGAUUAGAUAAUUCGGACUGAAAGACAUGCAUUAAAAGUCACACUACAUUAUUGUAGAAUUAUGAUGGCAGGUGGAAACGAAAUUAUCUGAUGUCCAUCCACGAUCGUUCAGGUACUUUUCGAAACGAUCUAAUGGAUAAAAAAUAUUCAUACUUUGCAUGGAAAAAUGUUUGAAUAAUCAUAAUUUUCAAAUGAAAAGUGAUCUUAUAUUAGUUAUCGGUAUAGAUAAAUGGUAAUAGUAAGCAAUAGGAAGCAAUGUCACAAAAUUGAACAUAUUGCUCGCCUAAUUAUUCUAACAUUCUUAUGUAUAGUAUCAUACCAACGUCUUACAUAUUGGAUUUUAUACAUUAUAUGUUAUGUAUUUUACGAUAAAUGUUUUGUAUGUUUGUCGUUACAUAGUUUUAGCAAACAUUAAUCUGCGUCAUAACAUUUUCAUGAUUAAAACUACCCAAAAUGAUUGGGACAUAUUCAAAAUAUUUAUAUUCUAAUUGUAUUUGAACGAAGUCGGAUUCAAUUCAAACGGACUUCAGUACGGGAUUUCCACGUGAGAGAAAGCAACCAAUCGGUGGAGUUUGUUGGAAGAUACUGCGUAAAUAUUUUCCCUGUCACAUGAUGGGUGCUAUGGGGUGAAAAGAAUCUGAGGUGAGAGUCAUUGUGUUUAAUUUUCAACAAUCGGCAGUAAAUAAUCGGUUUACCUGGUGAUAAACCGUUUGCAUAAUUCACUCAUACAUCCACACAACGGAGUUACUGCGGACGUAAUUUCUUAUCGAAGUCA